AUGUUUCUAGCGCAAGCCACUGAAAAGCUUUCAAAAACUCUUUCGAAGUACAGCACCCUAAUAAAGCAGGAGAAGCUGAUUCUUUCCAAAAGGGAGGUAGAGUGCAAAAUGCAGGAAUGCACAAAACUUAUAUCGGAGAUCAAUGAAGCGCUAGACAUAGACCCUCUUGAGGUCUUGGAAAAGGUAGAGUCUAUUUUGGAGCACAUACACAGAGCCUGUGUAAGCAUUGAAACGUCAGAGCAGGCCAUGCUUCCAAAGCAAAAAACUAUUUUGCUGGAGGGCCCGCAGAAUAGAAAGUUUGUGCUUUCUGUGAACAUACCCAGGCCGCAGAUAAACUUUAAAGACCGAGCAAGCACGCAUUCUGCCAAAACAGAGGAUUUGCCGCAAAACCAUACAGACAACCCCGAGCCGGCUCUGGAAGAGGCUCAAAUUAGCGCAGCGCAGGAGAAAGAGGACCGACGGCAGGCGCUGCACCUCUUGCAUGCCGAGAUGUCUCAGAAGCCCAUAGGCAGGGCAGAGGCCACGUCUCAGAUUAUAUCCACCGAGGAGGCAUGCGUGGAGGCAAAUGCGGAGAUCCUGCGCCACCGCGUUGUGGGCGUGGAUAUAAAAACACACCGGUUCAGAAGCUAUGCUGGCUUCACCUGCUACAUACAGGUCUCUACGCCAGAGUGCGUGUAUUUAUUUGACAUGCUGUCUCUUAGAAACCACUCCAAGCUGCUGACAUUCUUGGAGGCGGCCUCGGUUGUAAAGGUAAUGCACAAAGAGCAGAAAAAGAGGGCAUGGCUGCAAAAAGACCUAAAAUACAGCGUAAAAUACUCAGUGGAUGUAUUGAAUAUGGCAGGCUUGCCAGAGGAUGGCCGCAAAAUAGGCAGCGCUGUAAAGCUGGUGAGUGAGGAGCCUCUUAAGAAGCAGUUCCACCUCAUAGACUGGAGAUACACGCCGGUUUCCAUGGAAAUGCACACUGAGCUUGUGGACAGCGUGAAGCAUCUGCUUCCUAUUGCAUCGUUUUUGUGCGCAAAGUCAAUGGAGCAGGCCUUUGUGGAUGGAUAUAAGCACCAGGUGGCGCAGGCGGAGAAAAAGCCAACUGCCGAGGAGUUUUUGAUUUCGCACGGCAUUGAGCCAGACGAGCCGUUUGUAAAGAUCUUCCUUCUUAGGGACUUCAUAGCAAAACAGGAGGAUGAGAGCCCCGAGUUUCUAAUAACAAAUAGGCAGCUGGUCACGUUUAUUCGGGAGAAGCCGCGCACGCCGGAGCAGGUUUUUGAGCUGUUCCAGAACAUCAGCCCCCUUUUCAAAGCAAAUUUGAACAACUUCAUGAAUCUUCUACACGCGAAAAGCAAGCAAAGCGCGUUUAAUAUGACCGCACUGAAGGGCCAGCCAAGCAAAUAA